CAACAGCCCCUCCAACCACCACAACAGCUGCCGCAACAAUCACAACAGCUGCUCCCACAACUACAACAGCUGCUGCAUCAACAACAACAGCUUCUCCAACAACUACAACAGCUUCACAAAAAAACUACAACAGCUGCCCCAACAACCACAUCAGCUGCUCUAACAUCAACAACAGCUGCUCCAACAACAACGGCUGCUCCCACAACCACAACAGCUUCUCCCACAACAACAUCAGCUGCUCCCACAACUACAACAGCUGCUGCGUCAACUACAACAGCUGCUCCCACAACUACAACAGCUGCUGCAUCAACAACAACGGCUUCUCCAACAACUACAACAGCUUCACAAAAAACUACAACAGCUGCCCCAACAACCACAUCAGCUGCUCUAACAUCAACAACAGCUGCUCCAACAACGGCUGCUCCCACAACCACAACAGCUUCUCCCACAACCACAACAGCUUCUCGCACAACAACAUCAGCUGCUCCCACAACUACAAACAGCUGCUGCGUCAACUACAAGAGCUGCUCCAACAACAACGGCUGCUCCCACAACCACAACAACUUCUCCCACAACCACAACAGCUUCUCCCACAACAACAUCAGCUGCUCCCACAACUACAACAGCUGCUGCGUCAACUACAACAGCUGCUCCCACAACUACAACAGCUGCUGCAUCAACAACAACGGCUUCUCCAACAACUACAACAGCUUCACAAAAAACUACAACAGCUGCCCCAACAACCACAUCAGCUGCUCUAACAUCAACAACAGCUGCUCCAACAACAACGGCUGCUCCCACAACCACAACAGCUUCUCCCACAACAACAUCAGCUGCUCCCACAACUACAACAGCUGCUGCAUCAACUACAACAGCUGCUCCCACAACUACAACAGCUGCUGCAACAACUACAACUGCUGCUCUCAUUACUACAACUGCGGCUCCAAUAACUACAACUGCAACAACAACAACAGCUGAUCCUUUUUAUACUGUCUCAGCAGACUUGCCAGAUGAGCCUUUUACAAAUGAUCUCAAUAACCGCAAUAGUCAACGAUUUAAAGAUCUUGAAAAACGAGUUGUUGGAGCAUGUAAUAACAUAUACAAAGCAAGUUUUCGUGGUCAGUUUAAAGGCUGCCGUGUGAAAGAGUUCAGGGCUGUUCCUCAAUCUAGAGUAAGAGCAAAUGUUACUCAAGCAGUUAUGGGGGUCGUCUUCAAUCCAACUACCAACACUACAGACCUCCCACUGGAGAGUGAAGUUGCUAGAACCUUAGUACAAGCUGCAAAUAAUUCCAAUAGCUUCAACGUGACCUUUAAUCCCAACACAAUCAAAGUAACAUUAAGUCUGCUUACAACAACAACUGCUGCACCUGCAACUGCCAAUUCUACAACUGCCAAUUCUACAACUGCCAGUUCUACAACUGCUGCACCUACAACUUCCAAAUCUACAACUGCUGCACCUACAACUUCCAAAUCUACAACUGCUGCACCUACAACUUCCAAAUCUACAACUGCUGCACCUACAACUCUAGCACUCACAACAAGAAGAGUGGUUUUCAGAUCUGUUUUGGACACAUUUACAAGUGAUCUGGCAAACCCAUCAUCAGCUGCUUUUAAAAACCGAGCUUCCAUGAUAAAGGGUCAGCUUGAACCUUUGUACCAAACGGAAUUCCCUUCUUCCUUCAGGUCCUUGAAGGUGGUGGAAUUCAGUAAUGGAUCAAUCUUCAACAAAAUGGACCUUAGUUUCAUAAGCACAUCUGUUCCUAAUAACACUCAGAUUGCGAGUGUUUUGAUCAAAGCAGCUUCAAACGUGACCGGGUUUGACAUCGAAGGCAGCUCCAUCUUCGUGGAUGGCACACCUUCAAGUGGAGUAAGCCACAAGAUCAGUCUCUUCACUGCAUCUUGCCUGGUGCUGUUGUCAUGGCUACUGUCAAGCCAGCAAUAGCAUCUGUGCUGAUUUCCCUUUGAAUUACCAUUAGAACCUGACUGCCAUCUCUGGUAUGAAAAAGGAACAUGCACUGAUCAGACACAUUAAUGACAGUGGAUUAGGUAUGUUGGUUGAACACAUUUCUGUGAGUGAAUGUCCAGGAUUCUAGACAGAAUGACAAUUGUAAGCUAACUAGCUUGUAAGCUUAGUCCACUGAAUCAUUAAAAGAGUAACAAGUCAAACAACAUAACAGUACUAUCUACUAAGCCCUGGGAUGUUAGAAAAUAAUUACAUUGUCACACUAUUAAGACACAAAUGUAUCUUGCUUCACCGAGAAGACAAUUUAUCUUAUAAUUUAUCUUCAAGACAAUUACUAAUGCUGUCUUUUUUAAAUCUUUCUGUAGUCUCAGAAUGAAUGUAAAAUUAUUGUUUAGGUUUCUGUCUUAAAUGAAGGAACACAUGCAGGUCAUUGUGGGCUUCACACUCCAAACUCCUAUACUUUCAUCAAAGGUCAUGGUGUAUGUGAUAUAUAUAUAUGUCAGAACAAUGCACUGUCAAUAUCCUUAUCUAUACAAAUUAUAUUUAUGUAAUCAUGCAUAAUUGUAUUCUAUGAGUUUUUUUGUAGCUUUUACAAGAAGAAACUUUACAAUGAUCAGAAUAUAUAAUCUUUUAAUAAUUUUAA